AUGCAAGAAGAGCGAGGUGAAAAGAGACCAAGUGAAAGGGGUGCAAGUUCUAGUCCAUCUAAAAAGGGGAAGUUUCAUGAUCAAGGAAGGAAGGAUAAGUCGAAAGGUGGAAUUACUCCUUGCAAGACUUGUGGAAAACUCCAUACUGGAGAGUGUUUGUUAGGCAAAAAGGGGUGCUACAAAUGCGGUAAGGAGGGGCAUUCAUCUUAUCAAUGCUCGAGCAACCCGAAGACUUGUUUCAAUUGUUUUGAAAGGGGGAAUAUCAAAUCAGAAUGCCCAAAACUUCAGCAAGAAUCGAAAAAGGAAGAUAAGAAGCAAGAGGGUUCUAGGGCUAAGGGAAGGAUGUUUCAAAUCACGUCCGAAGAAGCCAAGUCCCAUCCGAAUGUGGUCUCAGGUAUCUUUCUAUUAAACUCCAUACCGGUUUAUGUUUUAUUUGAUACCGGAGCCACUAUGUCAUUUAUCUCAAAUGAAAUUGUACAACAUCCUUCCUUUAAGGUUGAACGAAUGUCGAUGCCCUUAGAAGUAGAACUAGCCGAUAGCAAAAAUUAUUUGUUGCACGAAAUAUGUAAGAGUUGUAAAUUAACCAUCGAAGGUGAGGAGUUUGACAUCGAUCUUAUACCUAUGAUGUUGGGGGAAUUUAAAGUAAUAGUGGGUAUGGAUUGGAUGUCUCAAAACCACGCGGAGAUAAAUUGUGAAACCAAAACGAUGCUUAUUCAAUCUCCAAGUGGAAGGCGAUUAAAUAUACAAGGCGAAAGAGAGGUAGAAGCGAAGUCAUGUACCCUCGUUCAAGCCAUUAAGUAUGUGCUUAAUGGGAGUAGGGCAUAUUUAGCUUAUGUGGUAGAUACUCAACAAGGUUCCCCAAAGCUUGAAGAUGUCGAAAUUGUGAACGAAUUCCCAGAUGUAUUUCCGGAAGAAUUGCCGGGGCUUCCUCCCGAGCGAGAAGUAGAAUUUCCUAUCGAAUUGAAUCCGGGUGCGAAGCCGGUUGCGAAGGCCCUCUAUAGGUUGGCUCCCACCGAAAUGCGCGAAUUAAUGACACAGCUACAAGAUCUUUUAGAUAAGGGCUUCAUACGCCCGAGUGUGUCGCCUUAG